AUGCUUUCUAUUUGUAAUGAAAGCUUCACCUUUUCUCAUUCUGACACCUUCAGUCCACAUCAGAUUUUCGUGUACAAUCAUGGCAACCACCCUUCUCACACAAGACGAGGCCGCAGCUGCCAUCAAGAAUACGACCAUUCAAAUGAGCUACGUCAAACUUUCUGGGAUACCAUUCCCAAGUGGAUACUGGUUUACGAGAGUGAACCUACGCAGGUAUUCCUCGAGUGGAUGAGAUUUGGACUGUUCCUAAAGCCAGAGUGGAGGCCCGCCAACCUCUCCGAAUCGGAAGCAGAGAGUUACUGGAAAGAAAACGUUCAGGCAGUAGAGAUAAUGCUGCAAAAGUAUGGUGAAAAGUAG